CCGACUCUACAACCUUACAGUGCAAAUCACACCAACACUUUUGCAAAAAGAUCUGAAAUAAAUAAUUGCCAUAAAAUCACAUUUAGAUGACUCCAGGAAUGUCUUCCAUAACUAAUUGCAGUAAAAUUAGUGCUUUAAUCCUACUCUUUGUGUCAAUUGCUGUUGCAUUUCGUGAUCCAAUGAAUUAUAUGUAUGGAUCGCAUAAAGUGGACACUCGAUCGACCAGACAUUACUGCGGGAAUAACUUAGUCCGAGCCCUCCAUUUCCUAUGUGAGAGCUAUAAUAAAAGAAGUCAUCUUCCCAUACAUUCCUAUAGAUUAUCACAAGACUCCGAGGACGAUAUGACACCAGAAGAUGAUGGCAUCGAUGGGUCCGAGCAUUCAUUGAGUUUAAUCAAAGUUCUCAAUAAUAAUAAUAAUAUGAAAUACUUUCACCGAAUGAGGAGUAGUGGACGAGUGCUGUCGUCGGUCUUGUUCUACGAGUCAAUAGGAUUUGAAUGA